AUGUCCGCACUGUUUUCUCUGCCUGCAACCUACAUCUCUCGGGCUCAUACUGGCUUGUCAGUCCUCGCCUUUGCCAGCGCCCUGACCGUUGGCUGGGCCGGUGGGUAUUGGCAUGAGUUAUGUACCAACGCCGUUGCCGAAUGGCCUACAGAAUGGUUCCCUUCAGUGUCGGCCACCAUAGGAGAUCAUGCGGGUCCCAGAGCACCUUUUCAUAUCCUCAUAGCACUCUGCGCGACACCUAGGUUUCUUCUGCUACUGGUUCAAUGGCUUCUGCAUCGGUAUCCCCCGGAUCAAGCUACUCAAGACAGUGAAGAUCCGAAAGACAAGCCAGUCAGCGUGACACGAGUUAGUACGAAUAACACCCUGCUUGCAGAUAUGGAACUCGUGACAGGGUUGAUGCGGACUUUCUGCUGUGGGGGCUGGAUGUACAUCACGUCCAGAGAUAAUCAUGAUCUUCACGACUUCUUCAUGAUCGUUUACCUUCUCCUGAACCUUCCUUGGAUGUUUCUGUCUUCAUAUCACUCACCGUAUACUCGGACGCGGAGAAUAAGAUGGACCAUGAUGAUAGCCUUCAUAUCAAUGGUUCCGUUUCUCAUGUGGCAUUACUACCGUCAUUCUGUCCUUCGCAUACCGGGAGCUUAUACCGUAUACGCGUUUUUCGAGUGGUCACUAGUUGUGUGGGAUAUCGCCUUUGAUGCUGUCUCCAUCUCUGAGCUGGGACAUCUAAGAUUGAUGGUGGUCGAUGCUUCGGCACCGGGGGUCAUCAAGGUUGUAAACGACAGGAUCCUCUUACCUCCCUCGGCUCCCAGACUUGAACGACGAGUGGUAGACGACUGGAAAGCUCCAGCAGACUUGAUCCCUGCAUCCACACUACGUGCCAUCGCAGCAUGGGUCAGCGACGUGUAUUUUGCUCUGUCCGGUUCAGAGUUGGCACUCUUGGCCAAUUUGUCCCCAUUCUUCUUAGUCAACAAUUCCAUCAGAGAAUUGGUAACUUCACGAAGAGGACAGUUCUAUCUUCGAUCAGCUACCGUCAUCUUUGGAAUGGGGUGUUAUUGUAUUCCUAUUGUGGCGGCUCGCCUUCUUUUCGUUUCUUUGGGGACCGCUUCGGGCUGGCUUGUCAUCGCUGGAAGUUUAUCCCGUUUGGAUGGUAAUGCAGAAGCUCAGAUAGAAGCAAAACAUCUCGGUUUGGGUAUAACUGUAACGAUGCUCAUCAAGUACAUCAAUUUCUCGACCAACCCGUUUUGGUGUCUCGUUGAUGCUUCCUCUGGUGGCUGGAAUCUUACUGGGCUUUUCCUCGCUUCACUCUCCUUGUUGGAAUACCGUACGAGACCUUUGGAUCUUCAUCCAACUCCGUCCGUAUCGACGAAUCCCAUGAUUAUACCCAAAGCGCAGAGCCGCAUCAUCGCCUUUGGUUUAGGAUCGUUGAUUCAUCUUUUACAGACUUUCUUGUCUGACGCAGGUACCGUCAUUUCCUGGACAUGGACCGGAUACCCUAUCACCGGUCCUACCUUACACCCAUACGCAGCGGCCGUCAUCCUCGCCGCUUUGGUCGGCGUUAUCCUCCCUCAGUCCUAUCUCCUCACCUGGCUCGUCUUCCCAGGUUCAUUUCUCCUGUACUUUUUCACUGAUUGGUGGAGCUUUAUGGGCGGUUUGCUCCUCACGACCUCUCUUAUGUCUCUCCUUCCAACCUACUUUCGAGCUGCCUCAGCACUUCAAACAGGCAAAAUUCUCGGUCAAGCCCUGGUGGUAAAUUGUGUUUUGGACGUAGCCAGCGUGGUCACUGCAGCUUAUGCUUUCGUACCACUCGGAUGGUUGUUGAGGGAGAGAACCGAUCUCGUCUUGUCAUUCUGUGCCAUGACCGUGGUGUCGGGUGCUUUCGCUGCGGUGUCAUUGGAAACCCCAAAGGUUUCUCCGAGAACAGCGGAUAGAAAACAGAGGAGUAGGAGAUGGAAUCUUUGUAUGGCAGGGGUUAUUGGGGUAGUGGCGGCUGCUUGGGCUUAUGGGAAGAUACCAAGAGAAGCGCCUGUCCCUUAUUUUCCAGAGUACAGGAUGUUCAGUGCGGGAAUUUGGACGGUUCAUUUCGGAGUGGAUCAAGAAGGUAGAGAUAGUCAAUGGAGAAUGAUGGAACUCAUAAGAGAUAUGGAGGUGGAUGUUGUAGGGUUGCUCGAGACGGAUCUGCAUAGGUUUGUGUAUGGAAAUAGGGAUUUGACUAGGAUCAUUUCUGAAGAGUUGGGUUAUUAUGUGGAUCUAGGACCGGGGCCUGAUCAACACACAUGGGGAGCCGCCCUCCUCUCCAAGUUCCCAAUCAUCAACUCAACUCAUCAUCUCCUUCCUUCCCCAAAUGGCGAACUAGCACCUGCCAUUCAUGCCACUCUCGACAUCCACGGUACAGAAGUAGACGUCAUGGUGUCCCAUAACGGUCAAGAAGAAGACGUUCUGGAUCGGGAAUUGCAAACCACUGAACUUGCUCGUUUGCUUAGGGAAAGAGAAGGAGUGCCAACUGUGUUCAUUGGGUAUUUGGUCACUAAACCACAUGAUAAAAGACCAUGGCCCUAUGAGAUCUUGAAGGUGGAUGGGAAAAUGCAUGAUAUAGAAACUCUGGAUACUUGGAGAUGGUGCGAAUAUAUCUUUUUUAGACAUUUAUAUCGUAUAGCAUACGCACGUCUGGAAGAAGGUACGAUAUCAGAUACAGAACUUCAAGUAGGAAAAUUCUUACUUCCCUUACCUGACAAAGAUCACAAACAACAAGAACUGUACGCGAAUGAUGAAGAAAUGUAUUGGCAUAUAGGGGAAGAAGAUAUUCCUGAACCAUGGAGAAUGCCGAGGAAGUUUUGGGGGGAUGGCGUAAGAGGUCAUAAAUAUAGGAUAUGGGUAGGACCAGUUUAUUACUUACCUCCAGAGAGAAGUGGGUUACAAGAUUAUGGUCGGGGGUGGAAGACGGAUCUUUCAGGAGAUGAGAUGUAA